UGGAGAUGCCCGGGAUUGAACCUGGAACCUUCCGCAUGCCAGGCAGAUGCUCUGCCACUGAGCUGUGGCCCUUGGAAGGGGAAUUUCCACCACAGGUAAGGCCGGCCUCUUAACGAUACAGGUGACCCCCCUCUACGCUUCCCCUAGACCAGUGGCAGAGGACCCGUUUUGCAUCAGAAGGCUCCAGGGUCAUGGCGUCUGCAGUUGAGAAGGACCAGGUACCGUAGCAGGGGAUGGGUGACACCUUGACAUCCUAGAGAGCCAGAGAAGGGUCUGCUGCCUCCCCUGACGGAGGCAGUAUGCCUCUGGAUGUCAGCUGCUGGGAUUCACAAACUGGGUGAGAUGCUGUGGUGCUCUGGUCCUGCUUGCCGGCUUCCCACUGGGACAUCUGGUCAGAUGCGGGCUUGAGAUGGUCCUUUGGCCGAUCCAGCUAGGUUCUUCUUACAUUCUUAGCAUCAGGCCUGGCGGAUGAGUGCGGCCCUCCCAGCCUUUCUAGCUGGCCCUUGGGACUUUCUCCAGGCAUCACAGACAUAUGAAGAGCCUGUCUGCGGGAUCAGGCCAGUGGCCCACCUAGUCCAGUGUCCUCACAGCAGACGCCCGGAUGCCCCGAGCAGGACCUGAGCGCAACAGCGACUCUUCCCACCUGCCGUUGCCAGCGACUGGCAUUCAGAAGCAGUCUGCCUCUGACUGCGGACGCAGGUGGCUAGUAGCGAUCGCUAGCCUUCUCGGAUUCGUGUAACCCUCUUUGGAAGCCGCCCAAAGAAAGCUCAGUGAAUAAGAAUGUGAAAAAGAGCCCGGCUGCUGGAUCAAAGGCCCAUCUAGUUCAGCCUCCUGUUCUCACAGUGACCAACCAGAUGCCCCAAAACAAGAAUUCUCUCCUGCGGUUUCCAGCAACUGAUCUUUCACAAGCAUCCUGCCUCAGACAGUGGAGGGCGAAUACAGCCAUCGAGGUUAGUUGCUGCUGAUAGCCAUAUCCUCCGUGACUUUGUCUCAUCCUCUUUUGAAGCCAUCCUUAGGGAUGGACGGGGUGUGUGGCCUGGCUGGAAUGUGCCCUUGCUUUCUUGGAUGGGGAGAAGCACACAUAGAAACAUAGCCUACUGCACAAAGGUAGUAGCUGUGUACGUUGCCCUGUCCAUAUUUUUGCCUCUGGCCCUGUCCAUUGGUAUGUGGACCCCGGUAGGGAGGUCUCGAAGGAAUGCAGCCCUUAGGCUUCGGAAGGUUCCCCACCCCUGCAGCAUGGGACUGGAUGGUCAAAUGGUCUGGUAUAAGACUGUCCCCUAUCUUCUCCACUGCAUGAUCCUGGAAGCAGACACGUCUAUUAUUUACUUUUAUUCGUAUCCUUUAUAAAGUGUCUAAAAUGUACUAAGCACUGCCCCUGCCCUUUGACAAGGGAGGCGGUUUUGCAACUUAAAAGCGGCAGGCUUUCAAUCUGAAAAGUGAGACACUAAAGGAAAAGGGAUGAGGAGGGAAGAGGAAAAAGAAGCAGUAUGUAAUUAAUUUGUUUACCUCACUUCUGGCCCACUUUUCCUCCAAGGAGCUUUCAAGUGGUGGCUACGCUUCUCAUGUUAUCCACGCAACGCCGCUCUGAGCAGGUUAGGCUGAGAGAGGGUGACUGGCCCCAAGGUCACCCAGUGAGCUUUGUGGUGGGGUGGGGAGUUGAACCCUGGUCCCUCCAGGUGCUAGGCGGACACUCUUAACUUCUAUAUUAGCUACUUAGAAUGGUCUGUUUGAAGGGAAGCAGCUCAGAGGGGAGAGGUAACAAGGCCAGGGAUUCCUUCUCCAUCAAGCCCAGUGUUGUCUACUCUGACCGGCAGCAGCUCUAUAGGGUGUGCUGCUUCCCUUUCCUGCUUAUUCUUUUUAACUAGGAAAGGCAGUAGCUCAGUGGUAGAGCAUCUGCCUUUCGUGCAGAAGGUCCCAGGUUGAAUCCCUGCCAACAUUUCCAGGUAGGACUGGGAAUGCCCCUUGUCUUAAACCCCGGAGAGCCACUGCCGGUCAGUGUAGACCACACUGAGGUAGGUGGGCCCAUGGAAUUGGCUUACGAAACUGUGUACGUGAGUCAGAAUGGCAGAAAAGACGGGUGUGUUUGGAGAGACUGGCGCUGGCAUACUGAUCGCCGUGGAAAUGUCGAAAACCAAAUUUCAGAGUGGGAAAACGUGGAGCUUUGCGAACCAAAAUAGAGAAGUUUGUCCAUUCCUAGCUUCAUCCCCAGGUUCAAAAGCCAGAACCUUAGUGGAAUGAUGAAAUAGUUAACAGCCCCUCCCUCCCUCCCUCGCUCACAUCAUCUUUUCUUUGCCUCUCCCCUUGCUAAAUAGCUAUCCUGCAUUCCUCGAGAACUAUGUAGCAAGCCAUUCUUUGUUAAUAAUAUUUAACUUUCACUGGCGGCGUGCUCCUACUUAAGCUCCUGUUCAGGUUAGCUGCAGACGGCCCACAAAUUUGUAAGUGUACCCGAUGACACGUUAAUAGGACGAUCUGUCAUAUUGCAGCUAAACAAUCCAGACGGUUCCGCAGACUGGCGAGGAGCGGCGUGGCGGCAUUUUCCUCUCCUCACCCUCCCCGCACCCCUCCAUAAACGGGAGUCUGCAUGCAACCUUCUCUUAAGCAUGUUUAGAGUUGAACUUUGUAUGUCUUUGGCAUCAAAACCUAAGCAAGUUCUGUGCCCGACAUCUCCAAGUGGAACAACGAAAUGAAAUCAAAUGAAUCUUCAUCGCUCAGAGCCAUGGGCUACCACAAUUCAUCACGUGUGAAAGGAAAAUAAAAAUGCAUACUCAAAUACAAGUCAUGUUUCAACAAACAGUUCAACAGCAUACAGUAAAGGGACGACAGCACUAAAUUUCAAAUAACAUUUCAUCUCCCGAGUGAAAGAUACACUGACCCACCCCAUGACUUAGUGGAUAAGUAUAAGUGGAACAAAUUAUGGUAGCAUCAGUACUUUUUAAUGCCCUCCCCUCCCUCGCAAAAGUGUGUUGCAAACUCUCUUGCUGCAGGGACCUUUUCCCACAACCUCAAUUAGAUCUGUCUGCUCAAGAACCCCAGUUUUGUUUCAUGAGCAUCACCCUGUGAAGUUUGUUGUGGGAUGAUCUAACUGUGCCCAGGCACGUUAAAAACAUACAGGUUCGAAAUGGCCUUGACAGAGUGGAGAAAAACUUGGAUGGGAACAAAAUGAAAUUCCACAAACAAAUGCAAAGUGGUGUUGAUUAACAAGGGAGGGCCCAUAGCUCAGUGGGUAGAGCAUCUGCUUUGCAUGCAGGAGGUCCCAGGUUCAGUCAUUGGCACCUCCAGGUAGGACUGGGAAUGUCCCCUGCCUGAAGCUCUGAAGAGACGCUGCCGGUCAGCGUAAACAAUACUGAGCUAGAUGAGCCAAAGGCCUGACUCACAGUAGGGCAGCUUCCUAUAUUACUAACCUGAACAUGAGCCUGCAGCGUGGUGUGACUGCAGAAAAGGCUAAUACAAUUGCAGGCUCCAGUAGACUCUGCAGUGGUGAUGGAAUGGGCAAAAUGGAGGACUUCACGGGUUCAGUCUCCAAAGACAUCUCCAGACAGGCCUGGGAAUGUCCCCUGUCUGAAACCCUGGAGAGCUGCUGCUAGUUCAUGUCGACAGUACUGAGCUAGAUGGACCAAUUGGAUUGACUCGGUACAAGGCAGCUUACUGUUUUCCAAAAAGACAGUUAACCAGCUUCACAGAGGACAAGUCUGUUGAUGGUGGAGAGGCUAGGCAAUUUUAGACUGCUGUCUUAAUGGUCCUUCUGGGGACACCCUCUUGAGAUGGUCUGACUUCCUUCAAAUUGGAGUAAGGUAGCCCUGCUGCAUUUGGGGUCCCUCUUGCUGAGUGGGGCCCCGGAGGUCUGCCCUAAAGUCCUGCUUUUCUGGCACCUGUGCGUGCAUCCUGCUUGCUUCCCCCUUCUGAUAUGCUUCUAAUUCAGACCCUGGAAAGAUCUGCCCUGUGGACUUAGUGAGUCAAAGAAUGGGGAGAAAUUGGGUUCAAUUCACAUUCAAAGGUGAACUACAUGAUUCGCACUUUCCAAAGGAAAAUGUGAACCGAAACACAGGCCUCCUUUGAAAUUUGCACCUCUCCAAAUGUUACAAUGUGAAAUUCUCCAGUCCAGUAGCGUGUACAGAAAUGCAUCGAUUAGCGUGCGUAAAAAGACACUGUAUUCAUAAAAAGAACAUACAGAAAUGCAUUAUAUUGGGGGAAAUUGCUUUGCAAAAAUGUGUGUCCUUGGGUGCAUUGCAGACAAAUGUGCUUAUAUCAGGAUGGGUUUGCACCAAAAUGCUGAUGACUUUUCACAGGGACUUAAAAAAAAUAUCACAAACCGGUGUGGAGAAGUGAACUUGAGUUUGGAAACAUGAGAAACGGCAAUUGUCAGAUUUGCUUUCCAGUGCCCUUCAUUUUUUAAUGUUCAGGGGGCAUAUGCGUAAUGGUGCCACAUUUGCACAGGGCUCUCCGCUGAAAAGAGGUGAUCCCUUUGAGAUUACGAAGAAGAGGAUUUGGAAGGGUAGGUGGGAGGGACUGUGGAGAGAGAAGUUUCUUGAUUUAAAUUUUCUUUGGCACAGGGGAAAGAUUCCACUUAUCGGGCUGUCUCCCUUUAAUAGGAGUCUGAAAAGACCGGUCCUGACAGCUCAUUAGAAGGUGAUCCCUCCCUCUUUGAAUGGUUCUCCCUCCCUCCCUCCCUCCCUCCAAGUUAAUGGGAAACUUUCCCACAAAACUAGUAUUUAUUUGCUGAGGUGCAACCAAGGAAGCUUUUGCCGAUCUGCAUCUGAAGGGAAAAGAAGGCAAGAGAAGAAAAUUCGUGAAGCAGAAGAAAAUUCAAGAAGGAACUGCAAGAGAACAGAAAAAAAUCAGGACGCUUGUGUUUGGAAUUAAUAGGAUCCAGGCAGAAAAGAUUUAUCCCCCCCCCCCCCCCGCCGGGUGGAAGGGAUUGCCGAAUUGUUUAUUCUCGGUUGCGGCAAGGACAUUUUAGUGUGUCCGGAAGAAGAAUCAGAGAGUUGACUUUGAACUUCUUGAGAUGUGGGAAGCUGAUGGCUUUGAGGUCCUUCUAAGGCUUGAGCAUCAACAAACAUGAAGUUUUCCAGUUGGUAAGGAAGGGACUUUUUAGCUGGUUUCGAGGUGGAUGGACAGUGCUGAGUGGACAGCUUUGGAGAUCCUCUGGGCCAGGAGGUGAACGUUCUCACUGAACAGCAAAGAACAACCAUUUAUGUGUCUUUUUUGUUCAUUCUGCUGUUAGUUCCUUGCAUGUGAUUUCCUCCCAUAUUCUCUCCCCAUCCCCCUGCAAAUCUGAAGCUUGAGGUUUUGAAAACCUUUGGCAAGGAUGGAGAUUUAAAUGUGAAAGUUUGGAAAGGUGGCCGUUCCCGUCAAACAGCCACUUAGAUUCUGGGUUUUGGUCUUCCCAAAGUGCUAUUGCCAAGGAGGAACUUCAAAGUGUGCGUCCUUCUGGCUGAGUCUACUUUGAUUGGCCAUCCAUUCAGAAAGGUGCACCAAAUUUGUUUGUGGCGAUCUUUUGCUGCUGGCAAACGGACUCAGUUGGAGCAAACAGAAAUAACAUCUACAUUGUGUUUUGCUUUUCAAGAGGCGAAGCAAAGUAAACCACAUCUUCCUUUCCCUCCAAGACUUUUUUUUCUGUUUUUCAUUUUGAUUUCCAUCUCUGGAGAGUGUUUCCCUCCUCCCCCCCGCCUCUCGUAGCUUUCUGUCCAGAAGAUGUCCACCAAAGCCAAGAUAAGAUGCUGGACUUGGCUUAUUUUAGCUGCCUUGGUGUGCCAAGAGUUUGCCCGUUUCCGAGUCGCGGUGGCCAGAAAGGAGCGGAAGAAGCUGAAGGAUCCAAAUCAGUACACGGAGCCCUUCAACACGACUCUUUCCAACAGUGAAGAGCUAGACGCUCAUUCCAAGAUGCUAGAGGCCCCAGACCCCCGCAUCACUGACCCGCGUCGGACGUGGAUUUCAUUUGUACAUCGUCCCGAUGAUGGCAGCAACUCCAAAAAGAAAUGCAAAGGGAAAGAUACGAAAUUAAGAGGGCUUGUUGGACCUCCGGGCCCCCCGGGACCUCCGGGACCUCCUGGUGCCCCGGGGGCGGAAGUCACUCAGGAAAUCUUAUUGCAGGAGUUUAAGGAGAUGUUAAGAGAAGCCACCGAACGGCGGGCCUCUCCCGCUUUGCCAGCCCAUCCAAGCGAGGCGCCCCCGUUGCUGCUCUCCCUGGAGGAUCUCUCUCCCUAUCGGCGAAUAGAGGAGGCUUUCCACUGCAAACUGAAAGGCCAGAUAGUGGUGGAUAAGAAAACUUUGGUGGAACUCCAGAACUUCCAGAUGCCUUUAGCCAAAGGCGCUUUCCUUCGAGGAUCUGGGUUAAAUUUAACAACCGGGAGAUUUACAGCAUCUAUACCGGGCAUUUAUCAGUUUUCGGCCAACAUCCACAUUGACCACAGUGAGCUGAAAAGCAAACUGCAGCUUCGGGCAAGAGACAACGUCCGGGUGCUGAUCUGUAUUGAAUCUCUCUGUCAUCGUUACACGUCUUUGGAAGUUAUUACUGGCCUGGAAAGUAACAGCAAGAUCUUCACCGUUUAUGUCCAUGGGUUGCUGCAGCUACAGGCCGGGCAGUACACAUCCAUCUUCGUAGAUAACAGUGCUGGUGCCCCCGUCACCAUUCAGAAUGGAUCCGAUUUCAUGGGAAUGCUUGUGGGAGUCUAAUCCGGGAAAACCCUCAACCCAGGACGGUGUGUAUGGGGGAAAUAAUGCAUCCGAGGACCUGCACGUCUGUACUUUGACAAACCCCUAAUCCGGAGGAUUGCCUCCUCAUUGCCAUUGGCGUUCUCUAACUGAGCGACGCAAAAAACUCUCUCUUCUUCCAGGGGUGCAGCAGCAAUGCGGGACAACAAAAAUCAAGGGUAGAGAUAAGUUCUGGCCACUGAACCAAAGACCAGAUUUAUUUCCGUCCCAAAUAUAUCCACAGGUCAUCUUCACUUCCUCAGAUCCUGGCCUACGGUCUCAGCUCGUAGAACCAAAACUUCACUGGCUUUGGGGUACAGUUUAGGACCAAACGUCCAGGGACAUCCGUCUCAAACCAAUUGGGGACCUUUGGGGCAUUGUGGGUGACUGGGAUGUUGAGGGCAUAAGGAAAAAAACAAAGGUAGCUCAAUAACAGAGCACCUGCUUUUCACGAGGAAGGUCCCUGGCAUCAUUUAGGAAACUCCACAAGUCAGUUGCAUACAGGCUUUUUUGUCCCUGUUCUCUGUCCACACUCAGUGGGACAGUCACCCUCCUGCAAGUGUGCCUGGUUUCUGAUUUCACCCUGCCUGAUUUGCUUCAGUUUUGUUUAAUUAAAACAUGCACACGAUGAUUGCAAUUUCAUGUCAAACCAUUUCCUCAGCGUUCCUGUUGAGGAUGCAAAUGUACGUCUUGCAAAAAUGGAUGCAGAGAGCAGCAGGGCUUCUCCCACCCCGUCAGCCGCUUAGGCCUUCCCAAAGGAAGGAAGGGAUACAAAUAUCAUAAAUAAGAUAAUGUAAAAUAAUUGCAAAACUGUUCAAAUGGGGGGGGUGAGUCAGAGCUAUGAGGAAAAAGUUGAUUAAGAAAUGAUGAAUCCCUAUUUUGCCCCAUUUAAAGAAAGAGGUCCCACCUAUCCACCUUCUCUGUCAUUGUAACACCCCUGAAUUCCACUGAUAUUCCAACCGUUUUAAGAGAUCGUCAUUAGCUGCUUCUCAAGUGUGUGGGUUGUGGUGGUGUUGUUGUUUUGAGAUAUGAGAUGGCUCUGUGUGAGUUGAAGAAAUAGUUUAAUUAUUAUAAUUGGGGGGAAAGAGAACUGUAUAUUAUUUAAAUUAUCCCUCCUCGACCGCAAGCUCCCCGCCUCACUAUACGAUGGCUGAGGAGCGCAAAGACUGGAGCGAUUUGGAAUUGGCGCUGUAUCGCCACACUGGUUUCUGCCAAGACCAAGGUGUGGGUUUUGUCACGCUCCUUCACAAGUGAAUGAAAAGGGGAACCGCCCCAUCCGCAUACGGCCUCUAAACCAGACGAAUGGACAUGUUUGGGAGCAAGCCCUGCAACGCUGGCUGGCAAAUCUCUGCUAACUUCUGUUCUGCCGUGCUGACGUCUGACAUAUAACUGUGGACUGCUAACAAUCGGCACCAAUCCUGCACCCUCCGUGCUGUUUCUGAGUGUUUACGAAAUCCCCUUCAGACUUCUGUUGGAUUUCAAAGUCACUCUCUUAGGGUAGGACAAAAUGUUACAUGUGUCCAUCCCAAGUGCAGAUGAAGGAGAGGAAUCCUUGGCCUGCGAAGUACUUACUGCAUCUCCGAUGCUGGAAUUUGGGAUGGACCCAUCAUUGCCUGUGCUUUUACAGUCUUAGAUGUGACAAUGGAGGAGCUGCAACUGGGUGGGGGUGCCAUCAGGGGGCAUUGGGUCCCAUGGGGUUGUAUCCAACUAAGCCUAACUCAGAGCAGCCCCACUGACAACAGUGGACCUAAGCGAAUCAGGUCCAUUAACUUCAAUGGGUUUACACUGAGUAGGGCUAGCUUUGGACACAACUCCUGGCAUUUCAGCCUCGUAGGGCAUAGGGUCAUCUGGAAUGGUGGCCUCAGAUGGAGCCAUGAGAAAUGUCAUUCCCCAUGAUCCUAAUACGUGCCGGGAGCCAUGGUAAGGGCUAGAUGUUCUUCCUUUUGGGGAGGAGGACUUAUUAUGCUCUGGGGCCAGGCUCGGGUGGGUCCUGACAAACACACAACAUUGUUUAAUCAGAACAAAUGACCAAGGAGACAGACUUGAUGCAGAGCUGCCCUUUAUGGCGGCCAUUCCACUUCUCUUACAACAUUUAGUCCUGCCCCGAGUCUCGUAAAAAUUAAACAUUUCUUGCAAGCUGGGUGAUUUUUGUUUGUUAGUUUAAAAAUAAUUGUAUAAGAGGAAGUCAAGAAAUGGGAGGUAUUUCAAACAAGUGCAACCAUUAUAGCAGAGUCUUGGCUGAUUCUUUUAUCAUCUUAUGUUUUAAUAAGAUAUAUAAAUAAAUCUGUGUAUUUAGUCAUACGGUAUACACAGCAGCCCCCUGGGCACGCAUAUAAAGUUGUAAACAUAUCAUUGCGCACUGGACUGGCUGCCAAGCAGCCUGGCACGGGAUCGGCUGACUGGCGAGGAGAGUGUUGACUUCUUUAUGGGGCCUGCUUGGCCUCAGUGGCGAUGAGCACAUGCGCUGAAAAAUGUGGCAUGAACAUUCUUUUUAUUGCGCUAUUUUAAGUCCUGCUUAAAAGCUCUGUUUAUAAGAGAGAACUUGGCUCUCAGCUUCUCAUUUAAGCCCCAUGAUGGGUUGUUUCCAAUGCUAGUCCUACUUAGAGUAGACUCAUUGGGCCGUAUCCAGCACAGCAGCUCGGCUAGCGCAACGGACUUCUGUGCACGCAAAUGGAACUUCAUCUCUCUCUCUCCCCCCCCCCAGCUCCCCAUCUGCCCUCAAAAUCUGGAGGGAUAGAACAGAGUUUGGGGUGCACAGGGGGAAGGGAGGAGACAGAAGUCCCGUUGAACCAGCUAAAGUCCGCUGGCACAGCACUGGAGACAAUCUAUUGAAAUUAAUGGACAGGACUAAUUUAGAUAUGUUAAUGUCAGUGAGUCAUCUCUGAGUAGGGCGUAAUUGGAUAAAACCCAAUGGGUUUAAAAUAUUUUAAACUAGCAGUUUUGUACCUGGGAAUUCUAAGCUCGGGAAUUCUAAUUCUACCAUUUUGAAAGGUUCGGUCUGCCUUCUUGAUUCAAAAUGGCGUCCAAUUGUUUCCAAACAUAGAAGAAAACCUGGCCCUUGAUCUCAGCAACAACCAUGUCCAAUUUGAUUAAACAGUGCAGUUUUGGAAGGUUCAGUCUGCUGUCUUGCUUCAAAAGGGUGUCCAAUUGUAUCCAAGCAUAGAGGAAAACUGGGUCCUUCAUCUCAGGAACGAUCAUCCCAAAUUUGGUUACGCUGUCUUAAGAGGUGUCCAAA